UAGUCAUCAGUCCAGUAGUCAUAACUGCUUUGUUAUCUUUGCAAAUAGUUCCUUAGGAAACAAGGUUGCUUAGGCCCAGUCCAAAGGUUAUUUUGCCCAGUUUUAACAUUCCAAAGAUUUGAAGAUUGAGGAGUUAAGAUGUGUAAGGCAGUUACUCUGGGAUGGCAGCUCUGACUCCAUUUUAAAGUGGCUCCAUUUACAUUAUUGUUUACAGGGAGAUUCAAGUACACAAUGCCAGUUGCUAAAAUUCCCCUUCAGGUGUUGUUUUACAGAAUGCCUUCACAUUCCUGCCCUCAUUUUCAGUAGAGGAUGAGUUAUUACACCCCUAGGGAGAGAAGAGAGGGGAGAUGGCUUGUGUAGCAAACACGUGUGGUAUGUAUUAUGUUACACACACAUUACAUAACUCACUUAACUCUUCACAAUCACGUUCUCCAAGUUUGGUUUGUGGACCGGCCACAACAAGUGUUAGAAAUGCAAAUUCUGGGGCUCACUCCAGAUCUGCUAAAUCAGAAACUGUAGUGGGGGCCAAGUGAUCUGGGUUUCAGCAAGACCACCAGGGGAUUCUGGUGCACACCAAAGUUUGAAAACCACUGCCUUACAAUAACCCUACAAAUCCCCAUUUUACAAACAGGGUAAUUCAGUCAUAGCAUUGGCAAUUGGUCCAGUAUCACACAGCUGUAUUUGGGAUACUAAGAUUCUAAUCCAGGUAGUUUGUUUCCAGAAACGUGCUCUUGCAGACCACCACCAAGCUGACAUUACACUCAAAAGAAGGAUCGGCUAUUUUUGGCCAUUCACUAAUAACUCCCGCAUUGAGCACCUACUGUGUGCCAGCCAUUGUGCUAGGCGCUAGGACCUCGGGGCCUCGCUCUCACCGUUGCUACGUAGUCGUAGCUAGUCGAAAAGGAGUGGGGCUGAGAGUCGCCGGGCAGGUAUCUGCCAAUGACAUCCAGAAGGGAGUGGUGGGGAGACGGGCUGGAGCGGUCCCUUUAAAAGAUGGAGCCUGAUGAGCGGAACUGCGGGGCACUGUUGCGAGGUGCGCCCGGAAGGCCGAAAACGCUACACCGGAAGUGUCUUAGGGGAGCAGGAGACGCGCCACUUAGGCCUCAUCGUUAUGGGCCGCAAGAAGAAGAAGAAGCGAGAUGGCGACAACCGGCGGCCGCGGCUCGUCCUCAGCUUCGACGAGGAGAAGCGGCGGGAGUUCCUGACAGGCUUCCACAAGAGGAAGGUGGAGCGGAAGAAGGCAGCCAUUGAGGAGAUCAAACAGCGGCUCAAGGAGGAGCAGAAGAAGCUCCGGGAGGAGCGCCACCAAGAAUACUUGAAGAUGCUGGCAGAGAGAGAGGAGGCGCUGGAGGAGGCAGACGAACUGGACCGGCUGGUGACAGCAAAGACAGAGUCAGUGCAGUAUGACCACCCCAAUCACACUGUCACCGUGACUACCAUCAGUGACCUGGACCUCUCGGGGGCCCGGCUGCUCGGACUGCCUCCGCCUGAGCAGGGGGCCAGGCACGGGUCUGAGGAAGAGCUGUCAUCCAUGGAGAAGCCGACCAGAGCCUUACCCAGGAAGUCCAGAGACCCCCUGCUAUCGCAGCGGAUCUCCUCUCUCACAGCAUCGCUGCAUGCGCACAAUCGCAAAAAGGUCAAGAGGAAACAUCCCCGACGGGCGCAGGUCUCUACCAAGAAGCCCCUGAGUGCCACUCGUACCAGCAAGACCCAGCGCCGCCGGCUGACUGGCAGAGCUGGGCACAGUGGAGAGUGAGCUCGAGAACCAGACCAGGCCCCAGCCUAGGCUGCAAGCCUGUCCUGUCUCUGCUUGGCUGUCCCCAUAACCCAGCCUGCACCGAGGUGGGAGACCAGGUUGGGAGACCAGCACCUCUCCGGCCUGGGCCUUGGACCCCAGAAAGAGCAGGCAGCUGAGAGAACUGGCCUUUCUCAGGAAGAACUUUCAGGACCAAAUUUGGAGCAUUUUCCCAAAUGUAUACCCCACUAGGCCUUCAUCAGAUUUGUGAAACUAA